AUGGAUCACCAUAUCACUGCACGAUCAGCUGGAUAUGUUGACCCCAAUUUUCCAAACCCUGGCGGAGAAAAGGACACCCCUGUGAUUAUUUAUGGCUACACGCCUUCUAUCGCCCUAGCUGCCUUUGCAGCCGCGUGGUUUUUUCUUCACUUUGUCUAUCACACAACACAAACUAUCAAAGUCCGCAGCUGGUGGUGGAUGACAUUUUCCGCUGGUCUGAUUUUCGAGGUGAUAGGAUACAUUGCGCGAUCGCUCUCCGCCAAAAAGGAUCCUUACCAUCUCAUCUACUUCAUCCUCAACUACUUUUUCAUCGUUGUGGCGCCAGUAUUGCUUGCCGCUGGUAUCUACACCAUUCUAUCAGCACUGAUCCCACGAGUAGGGAGAAAGUAUUCAAUCCUACCCCCAAAGAUCAUCCUGGGCUUCUUCAUCACUUCAGAUGUCAUCUCAACCAUCGUCCAAAUAGCCGGUGCGAGUCUCAUUGGUGUUAAAGAGUCCCGCCGGCAAGAUCCCACAACAGCGAACAACAUCCUCCUGGGCGGUCUUGCGUAUCAGGUCUUUGUUAUGACUAUCUUCGUCAUCGUGGCGGCGAGUUUUCUGUUCCGCGCGAGACAUGCUAUCAGAGAAAAUGGGCUUGGGUUGUUCUGCUUGGCUUUUUCCGUUUCGACCCUCAUGGUUUAUUUGAGAACUGUCUUCCGUCUUGCGGAAACUGGUCAAGGUCUUAUGGGAGAGCUGCAAACCAAUGAGGUCUAUUUCGCGUGUCUUGAAUUCGCACCUAUUGCGCUAGUCGCUCUUCUCUUUGCUAUCUGGUAUCCAGGCCGCUGCGUAGGUGUAGCGGUGCGCAUUGAGGAUAAACCAUAG